AUGCAAUCCUCUGCUGAGAUACUCCAGUCUGGGACCCAGUACCGAGGCCUGUUUCAGAUGAUCCUAGUGCUAGGAAUAGGUGGAAGCUUCCCUUAUGGGUUCCAUAUUUCGGCAAUCAACUACCCCUCCUUGUAUAUUAAAACCUUUAUCAAUGAAACCUGGAUAGAGCGGCAUGGUUCACCCCUCUCUCAAGAGACUAUCCUCUUAAUGUGGUCCUUCAUCGUGUCUAUCUAUGGCCUUGGAGGCCUUCUAGGAAGUGUUUGCUGUGGGUACCUUACCACAAAAUAUAGGAAAAAGAAGUGCCAGAUGUUUACCAACUUGAUUAUGCUGGUGGCUGCACUGUUCAUGGCUUUUAGCAAGAUGGCCAAAUCCUUUGAGAUGAUCUUUCUUGGUCGCCUCCUUUGUGGAAUUGGCAUCGGAUUUUCUUUCAACAUACACCCUCAAUAUGUGGGAGAGAUUUCACCCAAGAAGCUGCGUGGUUUUACAAAUGCCACUGUGGCUGUUUUUUUGACCCUGGGCAAAGUCUCAGGGCAAGUUAUUGGCCUCCGGGAAAUGUUAGGAAGUGAAUCUCUGUGGCCUUUACUGCUGGCUUUUACUGGAUUCACAGCAAUGAUUCAGCUGGUUACACUCCCUUGCUUUCCUGAUUCCCCACCAUACCUUCUGAUUCAGAAAGGCAACGAGGAAGCCUUCAAGAAAGCUAUCAAGCAGCUCUGGGGCGACGGUGACCAUCAAGCUGAGAUCGAGGACAUAAAAAAGGAGAAGGCAGCCAUGGCAAGUUCCAAAGGUCUCCGGGUCCUUGAGGUUCUGAAGACCCAGUCCUUGCGCUGGCAGCUCUAUGUGAUGAUCACCGUCAUGACCACGUUGCAGCUCUGUGGCAUCAAUGCAAUCUACUUCUACUCUUUUGAAGUCUUCCGCACAGCCAAGUUCGAAGAAGCCCUCAUCCCAUACUUAUCUUUGGGUGUUGGUAUUUGUGAGUGCAUCUCAUCCAUACUGUGUAGCUCCCUUAUUGAGCGUUUUGGCCGGAAAGUGCUGCUCUGGGGAGGCUAUGCCAUGAUGGUUUUGGUGCUUGCUCUACUCACACUGACUCUCUCACUCCAACAUCGCUUCUUUUGGAUGCACCACUUCAGUGUCAUUCUCAUCUUCUUGUUUGUUCUCUUCUAUGGGAUUGGACCUUCUGGAGCAACAAUAGCCGUCAUGGUUGAAAUCUUCAGUCAAGCCUUCCGUCCAUCAGCCUUUGUGAUCGUGGGGUGUAUUAACUGGAUGGGUCUCUUUCUGCUUGGGAUGAUCUUCCCAAUCUUUGUGGAAUAUCUUGGACCCUUUUGCUUCCUGAUUUUCAUGGGAAUUCUUGCUGUUUCAGGAGUAUUCAUCUACCUGUUCCUCCCAGAAACAAAGGGGAAAUCCAUCAUGGAAAUUACAUUGGCAUUUGAUAAGUUAAAUUACAGCAAGAAAGAAGCUUUUUCUACAGAGGACAGUAUUCCUAAUGGAACAGUUUUUUGCACCAGGCUUUGA